ACUGGCGACUUUUCGAGCCUUGGGGCAGUCGUGGACAAUAAUUUCUUCCCGAUCAAGCCACCUCUGAAGAUGCAAGCCAGUCCUGCUAGCGAAACGUCCGGGGGAAAUUAUUUUCCACGGCAACCUAAAGUCCAAAAAGCCGUUCAGUUUCUCUACCUUUUCGAGUGGAGAAAAUACAAUCGUUACAAGUAAGUAUUCCACUAACUGUACUUAAAUUUGGAAUACUUUCUUGAAGAGAGAAGCGAUUUGUUACCGUACGACACAUUGUCAUGCUCCAAGGGAUGCGUUUGACUGGAAAUAAUUUGUCACGCUCACAAUAUGAGAACAAGCCCAAACGGUUCGCAACUCGUCUAAUUUUCGAGUGCAGUUAUUCCAAUUUUUAAGAUGAACAUUUAUGCUGCCGCUAAUUUAUCCGUUGCAAAAGAGCUGCAAAAAUGUCCCGAAAUCUACUAAACUUCCUUAUUGUGUGCUUCAACUUGUGGAUUCCUGCGAGGAGUGAUGAUGACGGCCCGCCCUUACAAGUUCGACAGGGCUCGAAUGUCAAAUUGGGAGAAGCCCUGCAAUUCCUUCGGGAAUACGACACGGAGGCCUCCAACAUGUGCUUUAGGGUGAGCUCAGCCCAAUGGGCGUACUCCACCAACAUGACCGACUACAACAAGAGGAGGAUGAUCGAAGAGCAAACCCUAAAGGCAAAGUUUGAUAAGGUGACUUGGAGAAAGGCGAUGGAAUUUGAUUGGGCGCGAAUUCCCGACCCAAUGGCCCGAAGACAGUUGGGGAUGCUGGUCAAAAAAAACCGAGCAUCACUGCCCGAAGACAAAUACAACGAAAUCUACCACCUGGUGGCGGAAAUGAAGGAUUUAUACACAAAUGUGAAAAUCUGCCCGUUCAUUCCAAACGAGCAGAAAACGGAUCAAGUGUAUUGCGACUUGGAACUGAUGGACGCCCAGAAGCUGAUGACAAAAUCGGCCAACCAUCUGGAACUGUUGCAUGUAUGGGAAGAAUGGCACGAUAAAACUGGUCCUCCGAUGCGCAAUAAAUUCAUGCGAUACGUGGAUCUGGCUAAUCAAGCGGCGCAACUAAACGGCUUUGGGAACGCGGGUGAAGAAAUGGGGUCCAUCUAUGAAGCAGACGAUUUUCAGGACGAACUAGCGGAGACCUUCCAGAAAAUCCUGCCGCUCUACAAGCAGCUGUUUGCGUAUGUGCGAUCGAAGCUGCACAAACAUUAUGGGCCGGACGUUGUUAGGCCCAAUGGGCCCCUACCAGCGCAUAUUUUGGGCAACUUAUGGGCGCAGGAAUGGAGCAAGAUCUACCACAUUGUUGCCCCGUAUCCAGAGUUUGGCAACAUUGAUGUGACCGAUGAACUAUUGCAGCAAGGAUUCACUCCUUUAAGGAUAUUUCAGAUGACCGAGGAGUUCUACACAUCAAUGGGGCUCAAGCCGAUGCCGCCCGAGUUUUGGAGGUUUUCAAUGAUCGAAAAACCCAACUCCCGAAAGGUGCAAUGCACGGCCAGCGCAUGGGAUUUUUGCAACAAAGUCGACUACCGGAUCAAACAGUGCACUGAGGUGAACAUGGACAACCUGGUCACCACCUAUCAUGAGAUGGCUCAUAUUGAGUACUACUUGCACUAUGCAGGCCAGCCCUACUUGUACAGAGAUGGCGCAAAUCCAGGAUUUCACGAGGGCGUAGCCAAUGCUGUGUUGCUAUCGGUAUUCAACCCGAAGCAUUUCUACCGCAUGGGCCUGAGCAGUAACAACACGGAAGUUUACGAGCGCAACAUGAACUUCCUAAUGCUGAUGGCGUUGAAGAAAGUUGCGUAUGCCUCAUUUGCUUAUCUGGUGGAUCAGUGGCGAUACACGAUUUUCGAGCAUGGCGUAUCCAAGAUGAACUCAGAUUGGUGGAACUUUCGACUCCGAUACCAAGGCAUCGUGCCUCCGAUUCCGCGCUCAGAAAGCCACUUUGAUGCCGCUGCUAAACGGCACAUUCCUGCAGACGUCCCUUACAUCAAGUACUACGUUGCCUUACUUUUGGAGUUCCAAAUAUACAAAUCAAUGUGCGACGCGGCCAAUCACAAGGGAUCCCUGCACACCUGCGAUGUGUACAGAUCAAGGGAAGCCGGCCGAGUAUUAAGUGAUAUUCUUCGCGUCGGCAAGGCGCGCCAUUGGAAGGAUGUUAUAAAAAUGUUGACGAAAGAUAAGGGCGGAAAACUGUCCGCUGAGCCGCUGCUCGAAUACUUCCAGCCGCUGUACAUUUGGCUGCAAAGUGCGAAUCGAGAUGAGCCAGUCAUCGGCUGGACCGCCAACAAGGACGAUCUUGCCCUUUAUCAGCCCUUAGUGGGACUGGCCACAACCUGUAAAGCUAGCCCGCUUCUAUUCGCUUCUGUGAUAGUAUUUUUAGCCGGUAGAAACCUGCCUUAGAGUGCUCUUAUAAAUAUAGCAUAAUUAACU